CAUGCACAGAGGCCAUUAAUCUGUUCUAUAUAUGUGUGUGUAUGUAUAUGUAUAGACAUACAAGUUCCCUUCAAUAAACUCUUCAAAAUAAGCUUGUUCUUGCAAUUAAACCAAUGGACCCAAAUAGCAAAAACAUGUCGAUCAUGGCUCACACCAUGCAUGAUCCUUUUUAUUUAGAUGUUUGGGAACCCUUCACAAUCAUUCCACCACGUCCAGCUUUCUCAAAUGAAACGGCGUCGUUAUUCAACGCUAGGAUCGACUGGAAUGAGACUCCGGAGGCACACGUGUUGAAGGCCGAUCUUCCGGGGCUAAAUAAAAAUGAAGUGAAGGUGGAAGUGGAAGAUAACAAUGUCCUUCGCAUAAGUGGAGAGAGGCAUAUGGAGAAAGAAGAGAAGACUGAUAAAUGGUACCGUGUGGAGCGUAGCAGCGGAAAAUUUAUCCGACAGUUUAGGUUGCCGGAGAACGCAAAGCCAGAGAAGAUGAAGACGUCGAUGGAGAAUGGAGUGUUGACUGUCACGGUUCCUAAAGAGAAGAUGAAGGAUAACCGUCUGGCAAAGUCUAUCCAAGUUUAUUGAAUAUGAAACUUUAUAUAUAACUAUAUAUAGUUUCUAACUAGAUCUACAAUAUAUAAGAUAAUCGAAUGCAUGAAUAUGCCUGUGAUGAAUAAUUAAUGUGCACUUAUGAUUGUGUAAUUAUCCUGUAAUAGACUAAUAAAUAUGUAUUUAUAUAUA